AUGGAGACCGAGGGCUACAGCAACCUUCUGGAGACCAGCGAUGGGCAGGGGACGGGGCUUCUGGAGGGAGGGGACUCGCCGGGGGCUGAGGAGGGCUGGAGCCCCCCCUUACCCCUGGGCUUUCAGGUGUCCCUCACCAGUGUGCUGAUGCUGGAGCUGGUGCUGGGCUUCAGCAGCAACCUGACCGUGCUGGUGCUCUACUGCGCCCAGUCCAACCUGGUCGACUCGGUCAGCAACAUGGUCACGGUCAGCCUGCAUGUGCUGGACAUCAUGGUGUGUGUGCUGUGUCUGCCACUGACUGUGGCGGUCAUCCUGCUCCCAGCAGACGGUAGUGGCGGGGGCAGCCUGGCUACGCUGUGCUGCUUCCAUGAGGCCUGCGUCACCUUCACCAGUGUGGCCACGGCCAUUAACGUGCUGGUCAUCAGCCUGGACCGCUACGACAUCUCCGUCCGGCCGGCCACGCGGCUGUUGACCCCGCGGCGCGCUGCACUCCUCUUGGCCGCAGUCUGGGCCAUGUCAUUAGCCGUCUUCUUCCUGCCCUUCCUGGAGGGGGACUUCUUCUUCUCGGGGGUGGAGGUGGAGGACAGCGAGGGAGGAAGAGGAGGGGGGGAGAUGAACAUGGGGGAUCUGACCUCUGACCCUGAGACCCCCACUGGGCUAAACCCCACUGGGCUGACCCUCACCCCCUCCACCCCCUCCUCCCCCUCUACUCCCUACUAUUCCCACCACCUGCCGCCAGUGUGGCAGAACCGGACACUGCUGUGUGUAGGGGGGCAGGGCUACCACACGGGGCUGGCCAUGUACUACCACCUUCUGCUGCAAGUGCCCUGCUUCUUCAUCGCCGUGGUCGUCAUGCUGUUCACAUACUCCCGCAUCCUGCAGGCCCUCAACAUCCGCAUCGGCACCCACAUCAAGAGGGGCCCACGGGCCUCCAAUAAGGACUCAGGCUGCAGGAUCCGCAGGCGGAGACGAAGGAGGAAGGGGCUGAGUCUGGCCACAGAGGGGGGAGGUUCCUCCAGCCAGAACCAGCACCUCACCCACCCGCCCCUCAUCCCAUCCCCCACCCCCACCCCCACCUCCCCCCCACCCCUCUCCUCUAUGCCCCUGGUCAUCUCUGACAGCGGGGCCACGGGGGUCACUAACACCGCCACCACCACCCCCAUCGCCACCACCCCAGCGACCCCUGCCCCCCAGGUCCCUACCUCCACCGACGCCAUUUCCCCCCCGCCGGCGGCGGCAGACCGUCCAGGUGUCCAGGCCUCUGUUUCGGCCAUCAUCGCCUUGAGGCGGGCCGUGAGGCGUCACCGGGACCGGCGAGAACGCCAGCGGAGAGUCUUCAAGAUGUCCCUUAUCAUAAUCUCCACCUUCCUGGGCUGCUGGGCUCCUCUGUCCAUGGUCAAUGUGUUGAUCCUGUGCCUGGGCCCCAGUGACAGCCUGGUACGUGUGAGGCUCUGCUUCCUGGCCAUGGCCUAUGGCACCACCAUCUUCCACCCGCUGCUCUAUGCCUUCACCAGGCAGAAGCUGCGUAAAGCGCUGAAGACCCGUGUCAAGAAGAGGGUGGUGUCCCUGCUGCAGGUGGACCCGGCACCCAGUGGGGGAACUGUUAUUCAUAACUCCUGGGUGGAGGGGGGAGGACAGAGGAAGGGACGCAAGCCUCGACUGGAGGGCAGUGACGCCACCAGUAACUGUCUGACAGUGGCUGUGAGAGAAUGAGAGGGCGUGUGGCUGUGUGUGUGUGUGUGUGUGUGUGUAUGUCUGUCUGUGUCUGUGUGUGUCUGUGUCUGUGUCUGUGUGUGUCUUAGUUACUUUAGAUACAUUCCAGUACAGGUAAACAACUAAAAUCCACACAAUCCACACAUGCAUGCACAUUGAUCAACCUGUAGAGCAAGUAAGCACACAAUAUCUACCUGCACACAGAUCUCAGUGAGAGUCAAUAUCCAGUGACAUUUUAUAAUUUGAUUGGUCAUGCCUUAAUUCAGUUCCUAAUUGAUUCCCAUGGCUCUGAAUGUUUUACUGUAUGUGUAUUGUGUUUACAAGAAUGUAGUGUGUUUGUGUAUGUGUGUGUGUGUGUGUGUGUGUGUCUGUGUGUGUGCGCAUGCGUGUGUGUGUAUGUGUGAUCAUGUGCAAUAAAGCACAGUCAGUAGUGGCUGAGCCUCCCCAGAUAGGAAAAAGAGAGAGGGUUUACUCUGGCCAGAAUUUGUUCACGAAAAUAAGACCAUGAAGUGAGGAAUUUUUGUAUUGAGGUCAAUGAGAGAGUGUCGAAUUUGGUCAACAAAAAAUGUAAUUGCUAAUUUGCUACAUGAGGCUUAUUUGAUCAAAUUAAAGUUUCGUAAUGGUUAGGUUGUUACGAAUAUAAGUGGACGCACGUGGCAUUUUGGCACAUGAGAGCGGUCACUCAACUAUCUUUUCAAUAUAAUAGAUCAUCUUCGGCCUCCCUGAGGAUGUGAACAAAGCAUUGUGGGAUUGUUCUCAUGCUUGAUCUCAUGGGCUAGACUACAGAAGAGGGAGGGACACCUGUUGAUUGACUGCAGUGCCCUGUUGCCAUGGCGAUAUGGGUGGAGCACCUGACGUAAUACCUGCGAAGAUAACCACCAAACCAUGUAGAACUGUAACUAUGUGAAUAUAACAUGGUGUUGAUUUACUAGUGAAACAUCACUUCAAUUUUAUAGAGGACUUUUAGGAAUCAAAGGGCAAUAUUUGGUAACCCCCACAACUGUUUAUCAAUGGGACAAGUCAACAGAGUGGAACACCACUGUGAACCACACCAGGCCCCAAAGUUAGACAGGUCCUGGAGCAGCUCUUGGGGGUUGUUUUCUAUCUAUGUCUCCCUCCUCCUCAGGGCUUUAUAUCAAUCUCCCUCUGAAGCAUGUUGAACAUCAGUUACACCCCUGCACCAGCCCUCAUUCAGUUAUUGUGAUAGGUAUUAGCUUAGUUAUAGCCAUGAAGCAGGUAGGCUACAUAUGAUCAACAGUUUGGGGAGACAAUGUAUGGCUCUCAAGUGUGAAGGAGCUUUUUGAGGCUUGUUUGUUGGGUACUAUAAUGUAGGUCAUUUGUCUCUCCCCCUGUUCCCUCUUUCUUCACUUUGGAGCCAGACGGAAGGAAUGGAUUCCUGUGUAUUUAUAUAUAUGUUCAUGAUCAGGGAUGUAAAUACUCUAAUAUCUAGCUCUUAGGGGUUUGAGUGGAAGGAGUGUUUUGGGUUGCAGCAGUCAUCUGUUGGGCAAAAUAUCAGCCGUGGUACGUGAGAGGGUGAGAAGACACAUGGAAGAGAUCAAACAUCUAAAUGUAUUUGUGUUUCUGUAUAUGCGUGCUGUACAUUUAUGGUCAUGUAUAUAGAGAGAUGAUAGUAUUGUAUAUUAUUUAUAUUGCGUUAUUGUAUUGUAUUUCUUAUUAGAAAAGAACAAAGUCUGUAUUAAAUAAAUUGACUAUGUAUGCUUUUGUGCCAAUCAUUUGUUUGAAGGGACCCUUUUAAAGGACAAUGUAAGAGUCGAUUUUUCUAACUUCACUUAUUCCUUACAAAUAUACACAUUGAACUAUAUUCAUACACUCUCAACAACUGCCUCAUAUCCAAUAGAACAGUUUAUAUUUUUAACCGCACACUAUUAGAUUAAAAGGGUCCAUAAAGAGUUAUUAGGUUGUCCCUGUAGCACACACUCUCACUCACCACUGCUCCUGAGCUACCACGUGCAUAGCUGCUUUCUCAUUUACAUAGUGAGUAGUUUACAGAGAGAGUGAGGGAGGAGCUUAAGUGUGUGUUAGAGAGAGAGCACUCCCAGUCCCAUCAUGCACCUGUCUUCCUGUCAAUCAACUCUGCACAGCACACAGGUUCUAAUCCAGGCUAUUGUAAUCUCCUGUCUAGACUACCAUCAAACCCCUGCAAUUUAUCCAGAAUGCUGCAGCCCACCUGGUGUUCAACCUUCACAAGUUCUCCCAUGUCACCCCGCUCAUCCGCACACUCCACUGGCUUCCAGUCGAGGCUCACACCCACUACAAGACCAUGAUGCUUGCCUACGGUGCAGCAAGGGGAACUGCUCCUCCCUACCUUCAAGCUAUGCUCAAACCCUACACCCCAACCCGAGCACUCCGUUCUGCCACUUCUGGUCUCUUGGCCAUCUCACCCAUACGGGGGGUCAACCCGCUCAACCCAGUCAAAGCUCUUCUGUGUCCUGGAACCCCAAUGGUGGAACCAGCUUCCCCCUGAAGCUAAGACAGCAGAGUCCCUGCCCAUCUUCUGAAAAUGUCUGAAAUCCUACCUCUUCAAAGAGUAUCUUAAAUGAAUCCCACGACACCGCUGCUCAGUUAGCCUUGACUGUGGCUCUGAGCAUUCAGGAAUUGGUGCUGUUUGAUGGUUAGUGUGAAGAGCUCUUAUAGGACCUAAAGGCAGUCAGUAUGAUGCAUGUCAUGAUAGAUAAGGUUAGAAAAUAUUUAAUUGACUUGAUCACAUUUCCUUUAAGACCAAUCUCAUUUACAAUUUUCAUCUAGUUGAUUAAAAUCUAUGACAGCACUCUGUGAAAAGUGGUUCUUCCAUUUUGACGACAUGGGGACAAUAUUAAUCAUGAACAAGCUAUUGACAUGCAAUUUCUAUUAAUAUUGCAAUGAGUUCGACACACAAAGAAAAACGUCAUUGACUAUCGAUGUAACACCACUCUACAUGCUCAAAUAAACAAAUACAUUCUAAAAGCUUUAACAAGAGCAAGGUAUUUUGUUUCAUUUGAAAACAGCAUUUCAUUUAGUCAAAUCAAAAUAAGCUGUGAAUGUAUAAAUUAUGUGUCUGAUUAAGUCCCCAAGUUUGUCACCGAUGUUUUGUGCAGGCUAAUGUAGCAGACGUGAGUUAGGCUCACAGCCUCGUGAUGAGGUAGCCCUGCUAUCUGACUUCAUAAUCAGUGUCACCCUCAUAUAACGGUCAACACGUUGGUUUCUCCCCCUCCUUGUGGAGAGUUUGACUUUCCUUGCAAAGCCAUACACACUGAACAAAAAUAUAAACGCAACAUGCAACAAUUUCAAAUAUGUUACAGUUCAUAGAAUUAGCCCCUAAUUUAUUGAUUUCACAUGACUGAGCAGGGGUGCAGCCAUGGGUGGGCCUAUGCCCUCUGAUUCCAUUAAAUAUUAUAGUAAAACCAUAUGCAAUCAAGUAUUAUCGGUAUAGCUGACUAAGAUCAAGGAAGUGAAUAUCAAAGCAAGUAUUAUUUAAUAACUUUGUAAAAUGAAUAGAUUCACAUUCAAGGCAUAAAGCUUAAGUUAAAAGGCAAUACUGACAUUAACUAAGCAUAAUUCUAGGCAUAUACAGUGCCUUGCAAAAGUAUUCAUCCCCCUUGGCAUUUUCAUUUACAACCUGUAAUUUAAAUGGAUUUUUAUUUGGAUUUCAUGUAAUGGACAUACACAAAAUAGUCCAAAUUGGUGAAGUGAAAUGAAAAAAAUUACUUGUUUCAAAAAAUUCUAAAAAAUAAAUAACGGAAAAGUGGUGCGUGCAUAUGUAUUCACCCCUUUUGCUAUGAAGCCCCUAAAUAAGAUCUGGUGCAACCAAUUACCUUCAGAAGUCACAUAAUUAGUUAAAUAAAGUCCACCUGUGUGCAAUCUAAGUGUCACAUGAUCGCAGUAUAUAUACACCUGUUCUGAAAGGCCCCAGAGUCUGCAACACCAUCAAGCAAGCGGCACCAUGAAGACCAAGGAGCUCUCCAAACAGGUCAGGGACAAAGUUGUGGAGAAGUACAGGUCAGGGUUAGGUUAUAAAAAAAUAUCUGAAACUUUGAACAUCCCACGGAGCACCAUUAAAUCCAUUAUUAAAAAAAUGAAAGAAUAUGGCACCACAACAAACCUGCCAAGAGAGGGCCACACCACCAAAACUCACGGACCAGGCAAGGAGGGCAUUAAUCAGAGAGGCAACAAAGAGACCGAAGAUAACCCUGAAGGAGCUGCAAAGCUCCACAGCGGAGAUUGGAGUAUCUGUCCAUAGGACCACUUUAAGCCGUACACUCCACAGUGCUGGGCUUUACAGAAGAGUGGCCAGAAAAAAGCCAUUGCUUAAAGAAAAAAAUAAGCAAACACGUUUGGUGUUCAUCAAAAGGCAUGUGGGAGACUCCCCAAACAUAUGGAAGAAGGUACUCUGGUCAGAUGAGACUAAAAUUGAGCUUUUUGGCCAUCAAGGAAAACGCUAUGUCUGGCGCAAACCCAACACCUCUCAUCACAUCGAGAACACCAUCCCCACAGUGAAGCAUGGUGGUGGCAGCAUCAUGCUGUGGGGAUGUUUUUCAUCAGCAGGGACUGGGAAACUGGUCAGAAUUGAAGGAAUGAUGGAUGGCGCUAAAUACAGGGAAAUUCUUGAGGGAAACCUGUUUCAGUCUUCCAGAGAUUUGAGACUGGGAUGGAGGUUCACCUUCCAGCAGGACAAUGACCCUAAACAUACUGCUAAAGCAACACUUUAGUGGUUUAAGGGGAAACAUUUAAAUGUCUUGGAAUGGCCUAGUCAAAGCCCAGACCUCAAUCCAAUUGAGAAUCUGUUGUAUGACUUAAAGAUUGCUGUACAACAGCGGAACCCAUCCAACUUAAAGGAGCAGUUUUGCCUUGAAGAAUGGGCAAAAAUCCCAGUGGCUAGAUGUGCCAAGCUUAUUGUCACGUUCGUUGAAUGACGGGUCAGACCAAGGCGCAGCGUGAUAUACGUACAUGUUUAUUAAAUCAAUAAACACUCGACGAAACGAAACGUGAAGUCCAAGGUAGCACACACAACAUACCUUACACGGAACAAGAUCCCACAACUAGACAGUGCCAAUAGGCUGCUUAAGUAUGGUCCCCAAUCAGAGACAACGAGCGACAGCUGCCUCUGAUUGGGAACCACACCGGCCAACAUAGAAAUACACAUACUAGAAUCAAAACAUAGAAAACACCACAAAGAAUAUACACACCCUGACUCAACAUAUAAGAGUCCCCUGAGUCAGGGCGUGACACUUAUAGAGACAUACCCCAAGAGACUUGCAGCUGUAAUUGCUGCAAAAGGUGGCUCUACAAAGUAUUGACUUUAGGGGGGUGAAUAGUUAUGCACGCUCAAGUUUUCUUUUUUCUUGUCUUAUUUCUUGUUUGUUUCACAAUUAAAAAUAUUUUGCAUCUUCAAAGUGAUAGGCAUGUUGUGUAAAUCAAAUGAUACAAACCCCCCAAAAAUCAAUUUUAAUUCCAGGUUGUAAGGCAACAAAAUAGGAAAAAUGCCAAGGGGGGUGAAUACUUUCGCAAGCCACUGUAGAUCCUUAGGUUAACUUACAAGACAAAGCAUGAACAAAGAGAUGCCUAGAAGCCUAGGAAAUUAGAAUUGAUCAUACAACCUCCAUCCAUGGACAGGCUACAGGUUAAGAGACAGAACAAAGGGAUUUCAUUACUUUUGAAGAUGUAACUGUUUCAAACCAAAACCAACCACCAUUGACCAAUCAAACGAUACCAAGUUUACAGUAACCUGACCACCCAGGCCCAAUCUCCACAGGAUGUCACAGCAUCUAAAGGCUUGUGUGGGGGAUGAGAACAAUGUUAAUAAGACAGAAUUCCUGAGAGGACAAUAACAUUCCUUUGCAUAGAGCAAUUUAAAGUUCACCCUGUGCAGAUAGAAGUUACCACAGAGAUCAUAUAUCCAUAUAGAUGGAAUAUAAGUUAUCCUCCUACAAUAGCCCUUCUCCAUUCUACAUCCCCUGCUACCCCACUCCCUGUUCUUUCUCUGAUCCCUAAAUUUAGCAUCUCUGUCCUAGAUUCUUACAGUAUUUACUGCUGACUGCAGCCACUCUGCUCUUCUUUAAUAAUAAUAUGUCAUCCCUUCCUCCCUCUCUCCAAUGCUGUGACAACAGGAAGCUAAUGAAGAUGAAUACUGGUGUGUUCAGGUAAACUUGUCCUCUACCAACACCUUCCACUACUUUACACUGCAACUCACCUCUCCUCUUAACACCCUCCUAACCUUAUUAAGCCAGAUUGUUAACGUCCAGUAUGUUGUUGUUUUGUAUGUGUGUGGGUGUGCAUGUGUGUGCACCAUACUGAUAUGGUUACGCGACAAAUAACAAUAUAGAUUUUUACUCCUCUGUUAAUCCUUUUAGUUCCCUUCUCUAUACCUAACUCUGUCCUUCAUCUCAUCCCUUUCCUUCUCUUUCCCCCCCUCAGUCUUUGUUCCCCAUCUCUCUCAUCGCUUAUGCCUUCCAGAACAAAGGGAAAACAUCUGCAGAGCCUGUAUAG